AUGCUAGAAUAUAUUAAUAGAUGUCUAGAGUUUUCAUUAUCACCAAUCCCCACUUUCCCAACUAAUCUCUUAACUAAUAUCAAAUUUAUGACAAAUAUAGAAAAUUAAACUAUACAACCUAUUGUAAAUUUGAAUCCCCCAAUUUAUUAUUAAUAGCCCUUUAUUUAAAAUCCAUUAAGUAAUUUCCUUAUAUAUAUUUUUUAGUUAGUGAAUCAUAUGUUAUAGAGGAAAAUAAAUUAAGUUUUUUCAUUUCAGAAUCACCUUAAACAAGUUAAAAUGAAAAAAAUUUGAAUUCAUAAACAAAAUAAUCUACUAAGACUCUAAGAGAAUAAAUUAAUGAAAGAAUAUAAUAAAAUAAAUAAAGACAAUCACAUGUACCUGAAUCAUCAAUAUCUCCUUUAAAAAUUCGUUCAAAAAGUCCAAUACUAUUUAAGACAGGACAUACUCCUUAAAAGUAGGAAUCAUCUGAAAAUAAAGAAAAUUAUAUGCCUACUAUACAUAGAAAAUAGUUUUCUUAAAUUAAUGAAAAUAUCGAAACACCAAAAAAAGGUUAUUUGCCAUUUUAAAAUACAAAAUUUAAUAAGACUCCUUCUAGAUAAUCUUAAGUUUAAAGUAAAAUAAAAUAAGAAUUAUAACCAUCUUAAUAAUAAAGACAUUCGUUAAAAAGAGAAUUAAAAAAUGGAGUUAGCCAUAUAAAAAUAACAUUAUAUAAAUGA